GGUCCUUGCCGGUCUUGACUUCACUUUAACGUCUACAGUCUGUCUGUGAGUAUCGAACUUUAGCCUAGCUACGAUGUGUGACGAGGAUCUAGCAGCUUUGGUCGUUGACAAUGGGUCAGGAAUGUGUAAAGCUGGUUUUGCGGGAGAUGAUGCCCCACGGGCAGUUUUCCCGUCUAUUGUGGGACGUCCAAGACAUCAGGGUGUCAUGGUUGGUAUGGGACAAAAGGACAGCUAUGUUGGUGACGAAGCACAGAGUAAAAGAGGAAUUUUAACACUUAAAUAUCCAAUUGAGCACGGAAUUGUUACAAACUGGGAUGACAUGGAGAAAAUCUGGCAUCACACAUUCUACAACGAACUCAGGGUUGCCCCAGAAGAACACCCCGUACUUUUGACGGAAGCACCUCUUAAUCCAAAAGCUAACAGAGAAAAGAUGACACAGAUCAUGUUCGAAACCUUCAAUUCUCCGGCAAUGUACGUAGCUAUACAAGCAGUACUCUCCCUUUACGCUUCCGGUAGAACAACAGGAAUCGUCAUGGACUCUGGUGAUGGAGUCAGUCAUACAGUACCCAUUUAUGAAGGGUAUGCUUUGCCGCAUGCUAUCUUGAGAUUGGAUCUUGCUGGAAGAGAUUUGACAGACUACCUGAUGAAAAUUCUUACAGAAAGAGGAUAUUCCUUCACAACAACUGCAGAACGUGAAAUUGUCCGUGAUAUAAAAGAAAAACUUUGCUACGUUGCUCUAGAUUUUGAACAAGAAAUGCAGACCGCAGCUACAUCAUCAUCACUUGAAAAAAGCUAUGAAUUACCAGAUGGGCAGGUCAUCACUAUUGGAAAUGAGCGUUUCCGAUGCCCAGAAGCCAUGUUCCAGCCAUCUUUCCUGGGUAUGGAAUCAGCUGGGUUACACGAAACCACAUACAACAGUAUAAUGAAAUGUGACGUAGAUAUCCGUAAAGAUUUAUACGCUAAUACCGUACUAUCUGGAGGUUCCACCAUGUUUGCUGGAAUAGCUGACAGAAUGCAGAAGGAAAUCACUGCUUUAUGUCCACCGACCAUGAAAGUCAAAAUAAUUGCUCCACCAGAGAGGAAAUACUCCGUCUGGAUUGGUGGGUCUAUUUUAGCCUCACUUUCUACUUUCCAACAAAUGUGGAUAAGUAAGCAAGAAUAUGAUGAAUCCGGCCCAAGCAUUGUACAUCGCAAAUGUUUCUAAACAUAGAUCUCUUAAUAAGACAAUCAUUAUUUUUUUUUAUCAAACAUAGUAUGAACUCGUUUAAAACCAAGAACCAUUCUUUAUGUUGCUAUUUACUACUAAAAAUAAAUUGUAAACACAAUCUA